GGAAAUAGGAUUCAGUUCGAUGUGAAUAGCGUAUGAAGAUAAAACGUAGCGUACUUACGUUUCCGCUUAAAUACAAAGAAUUUUCAAAAACAUUGAAUUGAAAAUUUUAUGAUAUCGAAUGAAAAUUGUCUUACUAUGCUUGUGAUAACGAGUGGAAUCUAGUGAUGUAGUUUUGAGUGUGGGGUUGGUCUUUAGUCACCGUUUCACUGGAAUAUUCGCAAUUUUGGAUUACGUGCUGAAAAUGGCCUUAGCAAGGCUGCCUGGGGUGAGCGACUGCUCGGCCGGCCAAACGGCCCGGGUUACCUCCAAUCUGCAUCCCACGAGUACUAUGGCCGUGAGUCGGGUGCCAAGUCCACCGCCUCAAGAGGUCAAUACCCCGGUAGCAGAAAAUUGGUGUUAUACUCAGGUUAAAGUGGUAAAAUUCAGUUAUAUGUGGACUAUCAACAACUUUAGUUUUUGUCGAGAAGAAAUGGGCGAAGUUUUAAAGUCUUCGACGUUUUCUGCCGGCGCCAAUGAUAAAUUAAAGUGGUGUUUGCGAGUGAAUCCGAAAGGUUUAGACGAAGAAAGCAAAGACUACCUAUCAUUAUAUUUGUUAUUAGUGUCGUGUAACAAGAGUGAAGUUAGAGCCAAAUUUAAAUUUAGUAUAUUAAAUGCAAAACGUGAAGAGACAAAAGCGAUGGAAAGUCAGAGGGCCUACAGAUUCGUACAGGGCAAAGACUGGGGCUUCAAAAAGUUCAUUAGGAGAGACUUUUUAUUAGACGAGGCCAACGGUCUACUUCCUGAUGACAAAUUAACUAUAUUUUGUGAAGUUAGUGUCGUAGCGGAUAGUGUAAAUAUUUCAGGUCAGUCGAAUACAAUUCAGUUUAAGGUACCGGAAUGUAGGUUAUCGGACGAUUUAGGUUUACUAUUUGAAAAUCAGAAGUUCAGUGAUGUCACAUUAUCUGUUGCGGGUAGGGAGUUCCAAGCUCACAAAGCUAUUUUGGCAGCGCGAAGUCCUGUUUUCCAAGCGAUGUUCGAACACGAAAUGGAGGAAAGGAAACACAACCGAGUAGAUAUAACAGAUGUCGAUCAUGAAGUACUGAGAGAGAUGCUGAGGUUCAUUUAUACCGGAAAAGCGUCGAAUUUAGAAAAAAUGGCUGACGACCUAUUAGCAGCAGCAGAUAAAUAUGCGCUGGAAAGGUUGAAGGUGAUGUGUGAAGAAGCACUUUGUACAAAUUUAUCGAUAGAGAAUGCAGCAGAAAUCCUCAUUUUAGCUGAUCUCCACAGUGCCGAUCAACUGAAAGCUCAGGCCAUAGAUUUCAUAAAUACUCACGCCACGGACGUUAUGGACACUCCGGGUUGGAAAUCGAUGAUCCAGACACAUCCCCACCUGAUAGCGGAGGCUUUCCGUGCUCUCGCGACCCAACAGAUCCCCCCAAUAGGUCCGCCGAGAAAACGCGUCAAGCAGAGCUGAAGUUCGUGAAAGCCGCAGUAACGAAAUACUGAAUUGACUGCUUUAAUGUGUUCAAAAAAAAAAAUAAAAACAGAAUAGAGACCCUCUUCGAGUGCUGUUGUUAGUGUUAGGCGUCUUAACGUUUUUUUUUUGUUAGUGUAACCUUAUUUUUUUUUGUAUAAUGAGUUUUCAUUCUGGACAGUGAGCAUGGAUGUUUUCGUGGUCAUUCGGAAGCUGUUGUUGGCGUUUCACGCUAGUAAACUGGUAUAACUCGGAAAACAAUUAAACAUUUUCAGAACUCUCCAAACAUAUAUUUGAUUUUUCGUUGAAAAUACUUUCAUAGACUGACUUCGUUUCUUUAAUGUAUAUUUUUGAAUCCACACAAGAGUCGGGUCAGUUUCAAAGGGUUCUUUUCUAUUUUACCUUUGAAUAAUUUUAUCUUUCGAUGAUUGUCCAUUGUUAUUUAUUAUAGAUGAGAAGGAGUUGUGAAUGUGUUCUUUGUGAAAAAAUAUCGAUUUUCUGUAAUAAAUUUCACCAGAUGAUGGAUACUACAAAUAGUUGAUAAUUCUGUGAGGGCAAUGUAUAGAAAUGAAUAUGUGAUCCAAAAACAUAAUGAUAAUAAUAACAUAAAAUAUAAAGUAACCAUCGUGGCAGUUGUGGAAUUUAAAUGUUUUUUUAUAUGUGGAAAAGAUCCCUCGUGAAUCUUAUGGAAAAUAUCUCUCGGUUAAAGGCUGGAACUUUACAAAAAUGUUCUCCAGGUACAUGUUCAUGAUUUUCAAGGACAACGUUACAAUGUAAUUAUUUUAGUUGAAUCAAAAAAAAAGGGUGAUGAGAAUGUUCUUCAGAAUAUGCUGUACAAAAAUUUUAUCCCAAAUGUUUGUGUCAAAUUUUCUGAGUGAGCUGAUUCCUACUUGUUUCAGACUCGGUAAAUUUUAUUGAAAUUUUUAUUGAGUUUGUAAGAUGCCUUUCGAUAGUGUCCCAUCUCAUUUUCAUCUUACCCAUUUUGCUGAGGGGUAAAUUCGUUACUAUAACUUCAACUUCGCAAAUGAAUCAUUCUGUAUUUUGAAUAGUAAUUUUUCGAAAACAAGAAUUAAUUUGAAUCAUCAAUUGUUUUUUUCACUGGACUGAAUAAAUAAAUACAUAUGUAGGAGUUCACCUGGCCUAGCACUGGAAAAAAUACCAUCAAAGGUACAGGUUUUCUUUUCAUGCAACGCUCACUUCUUUUUCUAUAUUACAAUGUUUUAAGUUUUUUUUUUUUUACUGAAUCUACAACAAAAUCUCUAUCUUCAACAGUGUUUGAAGUUUUUAGAACUAUAGUAGUAAGGAAUAUUUCUACUUCUGUAGAUUACCAACGAGACCGCGUUUGAUGAACACAACUUGGGAAGACUUACAAUUCAGAACAAGAUUGCAACAGUUAGAUAUAUUAGUGAAAUCUAAAGAAAGUUCACGUGAUUGUUGUGCAUAUACAAGAUUGCUUAUAUGUGCACCUGAGUCCAACUUGUCUUUUGAAAUCAUUUAAUGUUGGCUAGUGCCAAACAUAAGUUUUGAAUAGCAUGUUCUGAAAACUACUUGAACAAACUUCUAUUGGACGUCAUUCCUGCAAUACAUUGAUUUUUAUUUUUUUUUUUCACUGAUGUGAGUGACCAUUUGGAUGUUGCUCAAUAUUAUGAACUCCUAACGAUCUCUGGCCUCAACCAAAUUAACCCGUUUGACUUAAAAGUGAACUCUUUUGAGAAAUAUUCAAAUAUUAUUAAUUAAAAUUUUUGUUACGAAUUUAUAAUGAGCACGUUGGUUUAAAAUUAUUUUUAUAGUGGUUUCCCGAAGCUUACUAAUAAUUUACAAAUAACACCCAAGAGGCUUCUCGAAACUUUUUCUUAUACUGGGAAGCGUGAAAGUUAAUUUUUUGGAAACAUUUUCUCAUUCACGAAAUAUAAAAAACGUGUUCAAUAUAAGUUUGGAUUUGAUUUCCAGAAAUGAAGAUGUGUAAAUGUUAACCCCGAUUAUUUGGAAACAUUCCAACUAUAAAGAUCGGAACGUGCAAUAAUUAAACAAUUUUGCCAACAAUCAGCUCUCCGUAGUUUUCCAGAUGACAGACUAUUAUUUCAAAAUAAGUGUUAGAUGGUGAUCAACACUGCUACCUCAAAGUAUUGUAAACAACAUUUUUCAAAAAGAGUGUUUUUUUUCGUCAGGUGUUCAUACAAAGUUUUUUUAAAACGUCCUAUAUGCUUACAUUGAUAUGUGUCUCAAUAUCCGCAUGGUGACCUGGUGAACAUCAUAACUCUAGAAUGCAUAUUUUGCGAGUAGAGAAUGAUUAGGUAAUAACGUGGUGAUCCUUGUUCUAAGGCACUUCAAAAUGCUGCCUACUCAAGCAAAUUGCAAUCUAAUGAAUUGAAAAUUUAUUUUUAUAAUUAAUUCUGUCAAACACCGUCUUUGCAUACAUAAAAAACGGAAAUGUAGGUUAGAAGAAAAAAAAUUAUGUUCGAAAAGAUAUCCAGCUCACUGUGCUGCAGAAACAAAAACAGAAUUGUGAUAUAAAUGACCACAGCUGGUUCCUAAUCGAGGGACACUCGACCUCUUUACAAUAAUAAUUUUUAGUUUUUAGUGUUGUUCUAUCUUGAUCUCUCCUGGUUUAAGUUUAAGAUCGAAAUUCAUCGCAGUUUCAGAUACCUUUGUCAAGAUAAUUGUAAAUCAACAUUGGAAUCUUUGUGUUUUUUGUUUUUAGUGCAACCUGAACUUUGCUGCAUUUCAACAUUUUUUUUUAUUCAGUUUCUAAUGUUUCGUGCAUAUUAUUACACAAUUUUAAACAGACAGAAUCCCAGUAAAUUUUAGGGUGCACUUAUUUCAGUCAUGUCCGACUUCGUUUGUAAACAUGAUUUCUUUGAAUUUAUCUUUCAGAAAUUUGAAAAUGUUAAUUGAGCUUAUGAAAAAAUUGGAUUUUUCUGUUAAAAUGUGGAAGAACGAACCAUUCUUUGAGAGAAGUUAUAAUCAUCUGGAAAGGAUUUGUAUAUUUUUUUGAGUCUUAACCUUCCACAUUGUGGAGAAAUAAUUUUAUUGUAAAUUUUGGCUUGUCUAAUAAAAGCUGUUAUCUAUAAGAAAAGUAGCGGAAGAACUCAAAAAUAUAUUGAAAUAAGAAACGUGCCUCGUUAAACAGUUCAGGUAAAUUGUCUUCAAGACAUUCUGUGAAGUCAGAAUAACAUUUUUCCAAUUUUUUCUAUUUGAGUAUUAGUUUCUCCUGUCAAUUUUGUGUAAUGUCCAUUGUAUUUGACCUGAAAGAACAGUGUACCAGAUGUAGGAUAUGAAUUGUUCUUGCAGCGAAUAAUGUAUCAGUAAGACCACAAUAAAUCAAAUGAUAAUUUUAUAUCAGAUAGGGACUGCAUGCUGCUUGGGUAAGACCAUGUUCAAUUCUCACUUCGUAUUUUGUAUCCAGUAUGUGUUCUUGAAGUAUAUUCUUUUUAAAAUUA